AUGUCGAACAACAGCAAUACUCUCUUUAACAAUCUCUUCUCUUCGAUAAUCGCAGACAUCAAAUCCUAUAAUGGCAAUGAUCCUCUUCUCCCAUGGAUCCGAGGGAUAAAGAAAAUGAAAGACUCGGUGCCUCCCCAGCUUCUCAAAGAGAAACUGCCUCGCUUUCUUCAGAAAUGCGCCGAGAAUUUUCAAACUGACCGCCGCUACUCCAACGACCUGCGCUACCUUCGCGUUUGGUUACAAUUGAUGGAUUUUGUGGAUGAUCCAAAAGCAGUUUUGAGAACCAUGGAGAUGAAUCGCAUUGGAAUGAGGAAGUCUUUGUUUUACCAGGCUUAUGCUCUCUAUUAUGAAAAGACAAAGAAGUUUGACGCGGCAGAGAAGAUUUACCAUUUAGGUGUGCAGAACCUUGCAGAUCCUGCUGAUGAGUUGCAAAAGGCAUAUGAGCAAUUUCUUCAUCGUAUGAAGCGACACAGAAAUAAGAGAAUUCAGGGAGGGAAAGCUAACAUGUGUAUUCCAAAGAAUGAUGAGGUUAAAGAAAAGAAUGAGAGUGCUUGCGGAACUGAUGAACAAACUGCUGGAGCUUGGCUAGGAGAAUGUUCUUUAGAGAUGCAACCACAGGCUGUAAAUACUGAGAACAUGAUUAACCAGUCACAAAUCUCUGAGAAUGAAAUGCCAAUAGAAGAAGCAAAUCAUAAAAACAUUGCAGCAAAAUCUGGUAAUAUUGAAUUGCUCAAAAAUAGGCAACUUAAGAACGUGGUGGUGAGUGAUUGUGGAGGCAAAAGUUAUUUGGAAAAGAAUAAAGUUGAACAUGACAGAACUAGAAAAUUUGGAAGUGAAGAUACAGUUGUGGCUAAGUUUGUAGAUACUGCCAUUGUUGGGCAAUCUAAUGCAGAAGACUCGAGGCAUCAUGGUCUGGUGGAGCCCACAAUUAACACAAAAGAGGCUAUGAAAGCCAUAAAUGGCAUGUUCCAAGAGCCAUUGGAGCCAUCUAUUGCUUGCAGGAGGUCAGAUAGAAGCCAGCCUAAAACUGAUGAGAUCUUCAAAAAUGGAAUCAAGGUUUACGCUGAGAACAGCUUAGAGACUGAGACAGUAUCAUGUCAGCAGAAACUGACAAAGGAUUCAUUAAAGCCACCACCAAGAUCUGACUCUAAUCAGCCUGUACACGAACCAUUUCAAAUAUAUAUUGAUGAUGAGGAAAGCCAUGAGGAGAUUCAACUUAGCCAUGAGGAGAUUCAACUUGAAAUCUCUAGUGAAGGUGUUAGGCAUGGGAAUGAUAUUCCAUUUCCAAUUCCAAAAGAUCUUUCUGAAUCCUCUAAAGAUCUAAAUCCUAGAAGGAGGCCUCAAGCUGGUCAACGGGAGGAUACAGUUGUUUUUCGGUUUGUAGGAUCCACCAUAUCUGACGAACCAGAGGUCGAAAAUGUUUGCCAUCAUGGCCUGGUUGAGCCCACUAUUAAUUUGAAGCAGGCUAUGACUGAUAUUAACAGCAUGUUCGGAAAGCCAAUAGAAUUUGCAAGGAAAAGCAGGACAAAGAAGCAAGACAGAAUAACAGAUGUGAAGAACAGUUCUGAUGGGUUUCUGAUACUUCCAGAUGACGAAUUAGACAAUGACAAUGCUAUGAAUGAUGUUAAUAAUAUGUUUCAGAAGCCAAUAGAAUUUUCAAGGAAAAGCAGGCCAAAUAACCAUGAUGAUGUACCUAAUCAUGUCAAGAUGACCAGUUGCAGUGGGUUUUUGAUUCUUCCUGAUGAGGAAUUAGACAAUGAACAAGGGAGCUCCCUAUCAAGUUUGUCUUCUAGAAAUGAACACGAUCUGUUUGAACAAACUCUAUGUACCAAGGAAGCAAUGGCUGAAAUCAGUAAAAUGUUUGCAAUGCCGAUGGAUAUGUGA